UUUUCACCGCGCUAUACAUACAGAAUCUGCCACUCGGUCACUCACUUACCAAUGCACCAAUGCCAUCGACCCAGUGGUAAAGACUUGUUAUUAUCUUCCUUGAACCUGAAAAACUUCCCUCCCCUCUUGGAUUCGUUGCCCUGUGAACGAUCUUAUAACCCGAGACCAUUGUUGCAAAUAGUAGAUCUACCAUUCAGCUGUGUUUCUUAACCCAAAGAAGCCAAAAAAAGAUAAUAUUUUCGUUUUCCCAUACGUUCUCUUUUUCUUUUCUUGUAUUAACAUUCGAAUCCACAUUCACAUUAUCAUUCUUUCAAAGUGUACUCGAGUACAGUUUAAACCGAUCUGCGAAUUUGCGAACUUGCGCAACCUUUCAAAAUCCCAGACAAAAAUUCAUUCAUUCAACCAACGCGUCCAAAAUCAAAAGUAAACGAUGGAAGCUUUACUUUCUCUAUCUUUCGAUAAUCUUUCUUCCUAUGAUGCAUCAAAGAUUCGAAAAGGUCUCCGACAGGUCGAAGGACUAUUAGCCCAAAUUUGUCUAUCCAAUUCUUCAAAGUCCAAUGUUGAUAAGCGCCGUUCAGUUAUUGAUCCGGGAAAAGAACCACCUCCACGAAAACCUCUUAAUGAACUACCUAAUGAUGCCGCAUUUCGAGAAUUCUUUAGAUUACAGGAGGGAUUUGAAUGGAAUGUUGCUAUGCGAUUGGUUACAUGUUUGGAUAGAUUGAUGGGGAAGAGUAAUGAUGGACAGAGUGAUAUGUUGAUAAUCCAGACAUUGGAAUUGAUACAAGGGGUUCUUUUAUUGCAUCCUCCUUCCAGGAGUUUAUUUUCCAGAGAAUUAUAUAUGAAUGUAUGUACAUCAAUCAAAUUUACGCGCUUGCUAGGAAUCAACAUGCAUGAUACUAACUUUUCCAGCAUCUCCUCGAUCUCCUUGAACCAGUCAAUUGUCCCGCAAUCCAAUCCGCAACCCUUCUCACGCUCGUCUGUUCACUUAUCGAGACACCUAAAAAUACUCGCACAUUCGAAACUCUCGACGGUCUUUUAACAAUAACUUCAAUCUUCAAAUCUCGGGAAACAAGUCGCGAGGUAAAGCUUAAACUAGUUGAGUUCCUAUACUUCUACCUAAUGCCCGAAACCCCUUCAAUACCAUCAGCAGCCGCAUCGAAUUCGUUAGCAUUGCUGCAACGCAGUCCAAGUAAGCUUCCUGGCGCAUUCAAUAACCGAGAAGAGGCAGGAAGAAGAAGAGCACAAAGUGAGAGUGAACAAACGAAAACUUUGGAGGAGAAACAGGAACUCUUGGGAAGAUACCUUCAUAAUGUUGAUGAUUUGGUGGCAGAUCUCCGAGAGAGUCAUCCAUUUGGAGGAACUGUCGGGAGUUAAUUGGUGAUGCGGAUAAUUUCUAAAUAAGUUCUGGUGAAGGGGUGGUGAGAUUGUUCAAAGCACACAUUAAGAUUUCUUUUUGUACAUCUGGGCACGCAUGUCAUGCAUUAAUGGGAGUUCUGAUUUGAGACUGGGGUUUGGAGGUAUUCUAUUUGGUUUUUGUUAUCUUUUUCAGGAAACCAAUUGGUUAAUUUACCAACAUACCAGUAGUGCAAAGUUUGGAUGAGACGCUCCUGUUUAUAUUUAUAAUACAUCAAUGCUUAGCAAAUAUUCAAUACCAGCAAUGGUCAAGUCAAUACUUUGAAUGUAUAUAUGCAUGCAUGCAUGCAUGACACCGACCAGGUGCUCCUCACCCGACAAUACAGAACUAAGAAAUAUAUUUAAAGAAUUCAAUAUUCCGAUAAAUCUCA